AUGCAUGAGCAUACUAGGGAAGAUAAGAUUAGGAACAAAGAUAUACUGAGCAAGGUGGGAGUGGCCUCCAUAGUGGACAAGAUGUGGGAAGCGAGACUGAGAUGGUUCAUGUAUGUGAAGAGUAGGAGCACAAAUGCCCCAGUGAAGGGGUUUCCAAAUUCAGACCCAAACACCGCCAAUUUUUCAAUAUAUGACGGCGGAGUUCAUUUUGUCAAAAGUGGAUUGAACGACGACCAGGACCAGUCAACUUUCCCCCAACAUUGCGAUCUGCCAAUUCCCAGUUCUAGGGGGGCACGUGUACAAUGGGAUGAGGCAAAUUUGGGAGAAAUUGAGGCAAAUAAACCAGUGAGGCAGAAAAUAACUGAACCAAAGACACCAUAUCACCGCAUGACCGAUGAUGAUGAUGGAUCUCUAUCUUCUCCGUGGGAUAGUUUUGAGGAGGCCAAUGGUGAUGCAAUACACUCAGAAGUCAUAUCCAGUGGAUUGAGUGACAUGGCUUCUUCCAGUGGAAAUAAUUCCAGACAGUCUGUCUGGACAUCUUCGGAGGAUGAGGCUGAUAUCAUGGACCAAGAUGAUGAGGAUUCUGGUUCAGAAAGGAGCAAGUGCUUUAGGGAGCACAGGCGAGCACACUAUGACGAAUAUAGGAAAAUCAAAGAACUGCGUCGAACAGGCUCCUCUCUUGAAGAAGCAUCUGAUGAUGAGAUUGGAGUUCUUGAGGAAAGGGAUGGGAGGUGUAAUACAUCAUCGUCAUUGACAGCUGCUGUUAAGGGCAUUGACAUUGCGGAAGGAGACACUUCUAAAUAGUCCUCUGUCCCUGCCAAUUGAACAUGGAUUGUCCCGAAAAAGUACAUUAUUGAUAUGAUCUUAUUUCCAAGAAGGCCGUUAUUACAACCCAUCGUUUUGUCUUUGAUAUGUUCACUUUUACUUGUAAGUUGUAUAUAGGUGGUUUCAGUACAUUUCACAUAUGGGAGGAACAUCUUCCAUUCCGUGACUGCCAUAACUUUUCACUGGAAAAUAUUGUGAAAUCACAAACUACUAAUAUCGACUUCGUUACUGUUGUUUCAUAGUUAUCAUUGUUGACAUAUUUGAUUGCUGAAUCUGCUCAGUUUUCUGGGAAUCAGAGUCAUGAGAGUAAUAAGUUUGUGACGGCUUUGGGCCUUUUCUUUUC